AUGGCUUCUGGGGAUACGUCCAGCGAGCUGCGGGGAAAUGCCUCUGUCUUCCCAGGUGCACCGAGGGAAUGGCCGAAAGGCAUCGGAGAGGGAUCAGCAGCUGGGUCCUUUAGCCGGUGCUGCAGGGAAGCCAAAAGGAUGGAUGUUAAACAUUUGGUUGAAGAGGAGAAGAGGACAGCGUGGCUGGGCGUCCCUCUGAGCCACGCGGCUUUUUGUCUGAAACGUGGAGCCCUGGGCAUCUGUGCUAUCGCUUUCAGGGGGAGCACAGUUGAUGGUUUGGAUAAGGCUUCAAUCGCUAACUCGGAUGGACCAGCCCCAGGAUCCCAAACUCCCCCCUUCAAGAGGAAGGGCAAACUCUCCACCAUUGGCAAAAUCUUUAAACCUUGGAAAUGGCGGAAGAAGAAGACUAGUGACAAAUUCAGGGAAACGUCAGCAGUGUUGGAAAGGAAGAUUUCGACAAGACAAAGCAGAGAGGAGCUGAUAAGAAGGGGAGUGCUGAAGGAAAUGCCCGAGCAAGAUGGUGAUGUAACAGUAAAUUUUGAAACUUCAAAUGGACACACCAUAGCCAUUGGUGAAGAAACCAUCCAGGAAGAAAAUGUGGUAAAAGCCAGUGGAGAUAAUGGUACUUUGUCAGAGAAAGCAUUAGCAUUGGAAGGAAAAAAAGAAGAUCAAAAAGAGAGCACUACUGAUCACUGCCCAGAAAUACCGGCAUCCCAUGCUCCACCACUACCCAAGCCUAAGCCUAAAUCUAAAAAAGCUCCACUACCACCAAAAAAUGCUAUUGCUGCUUCCACCACCACCAGCCAUAAGAGUAACGAAGCACCUCAUGCUAAAAAAAAGGGAAAGGCUCCUGCUAAGCAGCCUCCUCUCCCACCACCCAAGCCAACAAGUCACAGUGCAAAUCGAGAAGCUGCUAGUUCCUCUCACGCAAAAAAACCACCAGUCUCCAAGUCCUCUUCAUCACCAUCUCCUUCGUCCACAUCAUCUCAUCCCAAAGCCUCUAAGGAGACUUCCAGCAAAUCGGGCACAUCAGGGACUCCCAGGGGCAAGAAGAAACCUGGGAAACAGUCAGCCCCACGAACAGCGCCGGAUGGGGCUGCUUCUUCCCCCUCAGGUGCCACAGCCAACAGGUUGGAAGCGAAGGCAGAAAAACCCGAGCCUGAGCAACCUUCCAUAGUAAUUUCUGAAAUGGAGGACGCAGACCAACCGAGCAAGCUCGUUGUCCCCCCUCCUCCCACCACUGCCCCUCCUCCACCUCCACUUCCACCUCCUUUUCCUGCUGCAGCCGGUCAGCCCGCUGUCUCCUCAGAUGCCCAAGAUGAUGUGCCAGACGGCUGCGUGGCAGGGCCAGCCGUCCCCGCGUCAGAUGCUAAACCUCUUCUCCAGACUGAGCAUGGCACAGAUGAGAGCCUGAGCAGUACAGCCCUAGACAGUGGUCCAGAUGCUAGUGGAGAAGACACAGAAAGCUUGGCUACCAAAGAAGGCCAAGAAGCGGAGGCACCUGACCAGGCACACCCUGAACCAGUGGAGGAGGCUUCUGACGCUGCUGCUCCUCCUGAGAGUGAAAAUAGCAGAGAGAGCCACAGCAGCGACUCAGACUCUGACGGACCGAUACUGUACACAGAUGAUGAUGAUGAUGACGAUGAUGAUAAUGCAAGUGCUGAAAGCUCUUUGGCAAGUAAAAUUCGUCGCAGGGAUACUCUUGCUAUCAAGCUUGGCAACAGACCAUCUAAGAAAGAAUUAGAAGACAAAAACAUCUUGCAGCGUACAUCUGAAGAGGAGAGGCAGGAAAUCAGACAUCAGAUUGGAACGAAGCUAGUGAGGAGACUUAGCCAGAGGCCUACAACUGAAGAGCUAGAGCAAAGAAAUAUCCUAAAGCAGAAGAAUGAAGAAGAGGAACAGGAAGCCAAAAGAGAAAUAAAACGUAGACUCAGUAGAAAGCUCAGCCUGAGGCCUACAGUGGCUGAACUUCAAGCGAGAAGAAUCCUUCGAUUUAACGAGUACGUGGAGGUCACGGAUUCUCCGGAUUACGACCGUCGUGCUGACAAGCCUUGGGCCAGGUUAACUCCCGCAGACAAGGCAGCAAUACGGAAAGAACUGAAUGAAUUUAAAAGCACAGAAAUGGAAGUACAUGAGGAAAGUCGGCAAUUUACCAGGUUUCAUCGUCCGUAACUGUUUGACCACAUCCCGUAUUUCAUGUAACAGUUUUCUUUGGGGAAAUCAUUGC